GAGCCACCGCUCUCAGCCUUCAUGGCAACAGCGCGAGCCCUUUCCACCUUCGCCCCUCCUCACUCUCGCACUACCUCCAGCCCCAGCAUUCCGUUCCGGUAGGCCAAGACUUGAAAGAGAAUUGGCGGUGGGAGGGAGCGAUGCUGCAAAAGUCACCUAAAAAUUGGGGCGGAUAAAGGAGACUGCAAUUAGAAGGCCGAGGAAGCUACGAAAGUUGCCGCAGAAAGGUUGAGAGGUCCGGUGAUUGCUCCCUAUUCCAGUGGGAAGGAACAAGUGCUACAUGUAGCAGCAGGACUUUCCUUCUCUGAUUCUCCAAGACGCUGGACAAAAACAUGGAACUAAUAUUCCCAACAGUGAUUAUAAUCUUAGGUUGCGUUGCUCUUUUGUUAUUACUUCAGUGGAAGAACUUGCGUGAGCCCCCGUGCAUAAGGGGCUGGAUUCCUUGGAUUGGAGCUGGAUUUGAGUUUGGGAAAGCCCCUCUAGAAUUUAUAGAGAAAGCAAGAAUCAAGUAUGGACCGAUAUUUACAGUCUUUGCUAUGGGAACCCGAAUGACCUUUGUUACUGAAGAAGAGGGAAUUAAUGUGUUUCUAAAAUCCAAAGAAGUAAAUUUUGAACUGGCAGUGCAAAAUCCCAUCUAUCGUACAGCAUCAAUCCCAAAGAAUAUCUUUUUUGCACUACAUGAGAAACUUUAUAUUGUGAUGAAAGGGAAACUAGGGACUUUCAACCUAUGUCAAUUCGCUGGACAACUAACCGAAGAAUUACAUGAACAACUGGAGAAUUUAGGCACUCAUGGGACAAUAGACCUGAACAACCUAGUAAGGCAUCUCCUUUAUCCAGUCAGUGUGAAUAUGCUCUUUAAAAAAGGUUUGUUUCCCACAAACAAGAAGAAAAUCAUGGAGUUCCAUCAGUAUUUUCGAGCUUAUGAUGAAGGUUUUGAGCAUGGGUCCCAGGUGCCAGAAUGUCUCCUAAGAAACUGGUCAAAAUCCAAAAGAUGGCUUCUGGCAUUUUUUGAGAAAAACAUUCCAGAUAUAAAAACAUAUAAAUCUGAAAAAGAUAAUUCCAUGACAUUAAUGCAAGAUUUGCUGAAUGUCAUAGAGACGGAAACAAAUGAGGAAAGUCCAAAUUAUGGGCUUCUACUACUUUGGGCUUCUUUGUCCAAUGCUGUCACUAUUGCAUUUUGGACACUUGGAUUUGUCCUCUCUCAUCCCAACAUCCACAGGACCAUUAUGGAAGGCAUAUCAUCUGUGUUUGGCACAGCAGGUAAAGAUAAGAUUAAAGUGUCUGAGGAUGACUUGAAGAAACUCCCUCUAAUUAGAUGCUGUAUUUUGGAAACCACUCGUUUAAGAGCCCCUGGUGCCAUUACUAGAAAAGUGCUGAAACCAGUUAAAAUUUUGAAUUACACUGUGCCUUCUGGUGACUUGUUGAUGUUGUCUCCAUUUUGGCUACAUAGGAAUCCAAAGUAUUUUCCUGAACCUGAAUCAUUCAAACCUGAACGCUGGAAAAAGGCAAAUUUAGAGAAGCAUGUUUUCUUGGACAGCUUCAUGGCAUUUGGAAGCGGGAAGUACCAAUGUCCGGGAAGAUAGCUGAUCACUUCUGAGGAGUGAGCCAACCCAGAUCCCUAUAGAUUUCAUGAAAAGUUGCAAAUUCAGUUUAUUCUGAGGAAUUUGUUACAUAAACAAAUGUGGCCCCUCAACUCCAGUUGUUAAAUAGAAUUGCACGAACUGUAUUUACUUAUAUAAUUAUUUCCUAAUGUUUUCACCAUGGUGGGCACGUGUCCUAGAGGGAAAAUAAUAGGGUUAGGAUGAGAGUGGGCAGGGUUCAUGUGGUUCAUUCCAAGACUCUGAGCCAGGCAGCCAGAGCUCUUUAUUAAUUUUUAGCCAUGCUUCUCUCUUCUUUCUGCUUUACCAAGAAGCAGUGACUCAUGCAAAGGAGCACAGAAACCACUGGCAAAAUUGCCGUCAUUACUCUCUCAGCCAUUUCAUUUUGACACUUCAUUAUAAGGCUAAGAUUUUAAGUCUGUCAAGAACAUAAAAAGCAAUUCAAGAGUGAUUUUUGAUACUUUGAUAAGCCAAAGUGCUUCUAAAAUAAACAUGUUCAUUUCUGAGCAAAAUUUCAGAAAGGGCUCUCUUCCUUUUGUUUAUAAAAUAAAUCUCCAUCCAGCCUCUCUGUGGUGCACACAAUACCUGGACAGGAUUUCUAUACGGAGAGAAAGAAAGGAGACUUUGGACUGGGAAUCUCUUCCCACCCCGGCCCUUUUUUAUGAUGGGCUUUGUCCCCUCAUCAAACUCAGUGACUGCUCUUGAAUAAGUGUCUGCAGGAAGAGGGUUUAGUUCUGAGGAAAAGAAGACUGGAAUUAAAACUGGACCAUAUCACAAUAUUUCCCAUAACUGCUGAUUCCACGCCCAGUGCUGUAUCAGCGGAGCACCGGAAGUUUCCUAAGCCAGUCCUCACAUCCCAUCCUUGUCCCUUUCGUCCCUUUUCAUAAUGACUGAUUUAGGUGUCGGCAUACGUUUUAAGCAGUGUGAUUAACUAACCAAGGUUUCUGUUGAGACUUCUGGGUCAAAAACAACCAUUCCUGUAGGAUAUGAAUAAGGAAGGACCUAGUCCUAGAAACUGUUGGCAGCUGUCUGGAGAUUACAAAUGCAGACAGUAUUAGGAUGAAGCUGGUACUAUAUAGCAGAGCUGUAGAGGCAAACUGGCUUCCUGGUAACAUCAGCAAGCUGCUGGGGUGAUCUCCACCUGAGGCUAGCACCAGCUCUAUGUUUUUCAGAUACAUUAAGCAAUGCUUUCCCUUCAAUACAGAAAUCAGUCUUAAGUGGGUUUUCUGUCACUUGCAACCAAAAGCAUCUCGCAUGAUAUAAUCUCCUUUAAAGCAAAAGUUUUCUCUCAACAUUUAUUAAAUUCCAUAAAAUAAGGUAUUAACAUAUACAAACCACAUCAGUUAACAGCUGUCUAAUACCUUGUGCUUUGUAAAGGAGCUGAGUUUCAUUUACUUUGGAUACAUCACAAAACAAAAGUAAAUGUCGCUUCUUAAAUUUUUCCUGGAAGGUCUGAAAUUUAAAAUAUACAAGGAGAUCAUUUCUCUUUGGUGAGUACUUGAUCUUAAGUCAAUUAUAUUCUUUGCUCUUUUCUUGAAUAAGAAGGCUUAAAAAGUGGUAUCCACAUUUCUAGCUCAUAGCUCAUAAAUACGGGAGCUUCACUUCCAGGAGGAGUAGCUAUAGCAUCACCGCUGGAACAAUGCUGGCUGAAAUUCUGAAAAACAGUGACCUCAGAGCUGCCCCUCCACUAGGAAUCAUUUCUAAUCUUCCCAAUAAAAUAGAAAACAAUAUUUCAGAUCAAGAAAGACUGAGGUUCCCCAGUCCUUUCCAUUUUGCUCUCUAAUCUGCUUUGUUACCUCCUUUCUCCCUUCUAAAUAUUU